AUGAGAGUGUCAGCUUUGCUUCGCUUCCUGAUCCUCAUUUUUGUUCUGGUCAUCACAUGGAUCUUUGUUCACAGCUACCCCAGUUUUAGCAUGAGAACAAUCCGCCUUCCCCGCUGGAUUGAGGCAGUGAAAUACAAGUGUAACCUCAGCAAGCCCUGCACAGACAAGAAAUUUGCAUUCAGACUCGUAAGCGGAGCCGCCAAUGUGGUGGGCCCCUCCAUCUGCUUUGAAAAUGAGAUAAUCAUGAGUCCUGUGAAAAACAAUGUUGGUCGAGGCCUGAACAUUGCCCUGGUGAAUGGAUCCACAGGAGCAACACUGACAUACAGCUCUUUCGACAUGUACUCUGGAGAUACUAAGGUCCUGGUGGCCUUCCUCAAAGAAAUCCCUGAGGGUGCACUGGUACUGGUGGCCUCCUAUGAUGAUCCAGGGACCAAAUUGGACGACAGCAUCAGGCAGUCCUUCUUAAACUUGGGCAGCAGCUAUGCAAAGCAGCUGGGCUUCCGGGAUAGCUGGGCUUUCGUCGGGGCCAAGAACAUCAAGAGCAAAAGUCCCUUUGAGAAGUUCGUGAAGAACAACCCAAAGGAAAACAAAUACUCAGACUGGCCUGAACUCGUGGAGCUAGAGGGUUGUGUGCCCCAGAAGUUACUCUAG